AAUAUUAUAUGUAAUAUAAGUACACUGUAUAUAGUAGGAUAUAUCAGGUUUUCUUUUACCUAUGCCGGAAGAAAAGGAUUUAGUUUUAACUGUGUCCACUACUUGUGUCAUUAUUUUUUAUUUGGUGUAUUACCUGUGUUUAGAAGUGUAGUUGUAACUGUUGUAUUUGAAUAUAUUAUUGUUGAGCUUUUUUUCGAUCCAGUUCAGAAAGUAUAGAUUAAUCUCAUGAUGGCAACCUUUUUCGGAGAAGUUUUACCAAUUUUUUCCCGAGCAGUAGUUGACGAUGAAGACGAAGAUGUGCCAGUCCGAGAAGUUUUUAUUGUCAGAGAGACCGCAGAAGAAGCCACAUAUGACCAGCCGAAUUUUGACUGUCAGUUGCUUGUUGUUGCUGUAGGACCAUCAGCAUCUACAUUUGUAGAAGCUUAUAUUCUGUCACGACCAUUAUUGCCUGUUGCAUCAGUUCAGGUACGUGGAUCAGACAAGGAUGAUACUGAUGAUCAGCUAUCUGGGUUAAAAUUUAGAAAGCAAUCCAUUACUUUGGGACAUUUUUAUCAUACUCACUUACAGGAUAAAGUGUUAUGCUGUAUUGUCCCUGAGAAACUCCUUCCAGAACAGUCUACCGCUCUGGGAGAGAAAAUAUUUUCAUGUGUAAAUAGAACAUGCUUCACUAAGCCAGUAGUUGUCAUAUUAACGUCUCUACACAUGUGUGAAUACAAGACUCAGAAGAACUUUGAUGAACAUCAAAAUAUCAUACUACGAGCAUUGAAUUCUUCAACGUACACUGUAGGUAGACUUAAUCAGCCAUAUUUAGAACAACCCAACACAAUUUCUGGAUUAGCAGCUGCUGUUUUAUCAGAAUGUGAAGUUAGAGAAAUUCCUGGUGUCUUGUUUGUUUGUUAUACUGAUAUGUUAGAUUCUGAUCCUUCUCAUGUUCAAGCUUUUAUCCCUUUAUUAGAGCAACAUCCACUCAAAUCUUUCGUUAUACCAAAUGAAGAAGCUGAAGCAAAUCUUAAAAAUCUUCUCAUGCAGCGGACAAGAGAUUGGGGAAAUCUCUACAUGUAGAAUUAGCUAUUGGAUGAAGUUUUGAUUGCUAUAGUAAUAAUCUUGUGAGUGGUUACUGAUAAUUUUGAAUUCAUAGUAAUAGCUUGAUUUCCAGAUUGUGCUUUAAUGUAAAAUCUUUUUGCCCAACUUUCUCUAUUAAAUUUCAUAACAGACUUUUUGAGCUUCACUAAAACCAUGAUAAAAUUGUUAAAAGAAAUAACACCACUUUGGUAUGCAGCUUGAUGAAUAUCAUAACUUAUUUCACCGAAAACAUUAUGUAUCAAUAAAUGUAUGAUGAAAUAUGGUCUGUUAACCUUUCAAGAAAGAUUUGUGCUAAGCUCAGUGAAUAAAGAAUGUUUUAAUCAUCUGGUUUAUUUGUGAAAAACCUCAAGUGUUAAAACUUAAGAUUUCACAUAAGUGUUAGUUUUCUUUAUACUGCAUUUGGUAUAGUUUUUGACCAUUAAGGUUUAAUAUGUAUAAAACAAAUAGUUUACAUGUUUUAUGUGCAAAAUAUUUGAUAAUCAAAAUCAGUUCUGUGUAUGGUGUUUUAAAUGCCUUUUACUUGCUACAAGUAACCUAUAUUUAUAAAGGUAUUUGUAGAUAAGGGCAUAACAUAUAUAUAUCAAUUUAAUAUCCAGUGUCCAGACAGUUAAGACAUUUGGUUUGGACAUUUAUUAGCACCUACUUGGCAGCUUAGUAAUUGAAAUUUUCAUAACGUUAUUGGGAACAUUAUAACCAGAAAACUAUUAUGGCUACUAGGAAGCUAAAAAUAAACUAAUUGACAGAAGGUCAGUUAGUUAAUAAGUUUAUUGAUGCAGCAUGCUCAAUACCACUAUUAAGUUUGAUUUUUUUAUUGGAAAUUACAAAAGUUAUUAAAGAAACUCCGUUAUCAGUGACAUACAAAUUUUAUGUUUAUGUGUAUAAACAUUUAAUUUUGAUGUUUUCCAAAAGAUAUGAUCCUGCUUUCUUAUGUCAAACAAAGAAGCCCUACUAAACUUAAAAUAAAUUGGAAUAAUUUUAAUACAUUAAAUGAAUAGUACAGAUUUUGAAGUAAUAAUCUUUACCAGUCUAAUUUAGUCAUUCUUUUUACUAAAUAAUCACUCAUUAACAAUCCUGGAUUUUUUUGAAGAAACUUAUUCAUUAAAUUUUUUUAUAUAUAUGACAGUUCUCUUAUUAAUAUACAAUGACAUGUAUCAGUCAGUUGUCAGAAAAAUUAGUUUGUUGACAUGUAAGAACAGUAAAUACUCUGCAUUUUGUGAUAGCAACUGGUUUCUCUUUGCAAUAUAAAUGUUGCCAUCUUCUGAAAAUAGGCACUCACUAUACACAGUACUUAAAUCAUAUUGUAAAUGUAUCUUGUUCAGUUUACACUAUGUAGAGCUUAGAUUGUCUCUUUAAAAGAUAGAGCUAUUUAGAAAUUCAUUUUAAUGAUAACAGCAACUUCUUUUUUUUUUGACAAGUAUAAUUAAUACCACUGGGUGCUACAGAUCUUUCACUAUAAUGACAUCAGAAUUACUUAUAUCUCUCUUGGCAUAAACUUUGAGUAGGUUGUGGUGUUGCUAAUGGUGAGGAAAGAUCUCUGUCAGCUCCACUAUCUCUGUCUCCAACCACAUUUCAUUCUUAAGUUGGAAGUAUCAGUGCUUUCUCCAUUAAAGUCUGUGCCACUGUUUUAAUUACUCUUAAAGGUGCUAGUGAAAAUUUAAAAAUGUAGCUAAGAUGAAAUUGUAAUUGCUUUUAUUUCAACGAAUCUAAUUUUAAGCCUUUAUAUCAAGAUUGCCUUCAUUGUACUUGGUUCAAAGUGAUGUAUAUUAUACUUUUACAAAUGACGAUAAUUAGUUUCAAUUGAAAUAGCUUCUGAAAUUAUUAUAUUUGUGUAACUAAUGGUUUUAGAAAUUUCUUCAUAUAGUAGUAGCAAUGUUAAACGUAUCUCUGAUAGGGAUCACUGAUUAUUGUUGACAUUGGUGAUGACAUUCAGCAACACAGAAGGAGAUUGUUUUCUUUUGUUCCAAUGUCUUUUCAAUGAGAUAGUUCACUGAAUUCCAUCUUGUCUGUACGUCUGGUACAAAUUUCUUUUGAGGUAUGCUUAUAUCAUUCUGUAUAGUUAUUAAUUUUGAACAUGUUAGAGCAUCUAUGACCACAAGGUGUAAUGUGUGGAGAGAACGUGAUUCACUUGACCAUCCAGUAUUAUUUAAAUCUUUCGUAACAUUUUCUUUAUUGUCUCUUAUUAGGAGGUGAAUUUUAUUUCUUUUUGAAUUCCAGUAUAUUAAACAGAUCUUCCAACAUUUUCCCUAUUGCAUUACCAGUAUGAUUUUUAGGAAAAUAAAAGUAGCAUUUUAUAAAUUCAUAUUCUCUGACCCAGUAUCGUGUGAAAGUGAAAAACUGUUGUUUGGUGCUGUUAUGCAUCACCAGAUAUUUGAUGUUAGAAAAAUGGCAAUGACAUUUGAAAUUUGAGCAGCAAUUGCAGUAUGCAUCUGGGACAGUGUUUUUAGAUAAAGAAGGUUUACUUGGAAAUUCAUAUUGUGAUUGUGCACUCUUCAUAAAACAAACAAACCCUCAUCAGUAACAGCUAUAUACAGUUGAUUAUGCAAUACAAUCAAUUUAUAUAGUGUAAAUCAUCAGUGCAAUGAACAUUCAUUUCCCAUAGUUUCUUUACUUAGUGACACUCCUGAAUAUUUUGUUUGUUUGUUAAACACUCCACAACUUGAGACCACAUUCUUACCUUCAUUAUCCUGUACACUUUGAAGUUUGUUGUAAAGUCCAGUAACUUUGAGAGUGCUCAUCUUUCUGGUGAUUGUGCGGAGUAGUAGAAGCGCUUGUUCCUUGUCACCAUGUGAAAUUAAUAUGCUAUACAAGUUGCACUUCACUUUAAAAUCACCAACUGCUUCAAAGUAAUCCCACACAGGACUUGUGUUUUGUUGGCUAUGAGGAAGAUAUGGUUGUUUUAUAAAAGGAUUUAAAUCAUUUGAUGAAUUGACCAAAUAACUGGCAUAUAGCUUCUAAUUUUAAUAAAUUCAAGUUAAUAUAUAUGUGUUAUAACUUUGAUGGGAAUCACCUUAACAAUGUUACGAAAGAAAAGAAUCUUGGUGUUUUGGUUGAUGAGUCUCUUAAGCCAUUGGGUCCCAACCUUUUUCCAACUAAGAACAAGCUAGUUCUCACCCAAAAGUUCAGGUACUUCUUUAUACAAUAUUAAUUUUUAAAGUGUUUUUAAGUUACAUUGUAAAACAAUAUAUUAAAGUAGCUGUAUUUUAAAACAUGCAUUUGUUUUCAACUGGUGGUCUGUCACUUGUCCACAAACUGGCAGUAAAGAACCACUGUCUUAAGCCAUCCUACCAGUGUGCUGCUGUAGUGGUAUGGAAAAUAAACUUUUUGGUUAUUGUAUAGAAAUAUUGAAUAUAAGUCUAAAAAAGGUUUAUUGUUUCAUUUUAUAGGUCACUGGUUAGGCCUUAUUUGGAGUAUCGUGUUUAGUAUUGGGCUCUUUACCUUAAGGACAGUGAAUUGUUGGAAAGGGUUCAAAAGAAUGCUACUAUGAUGAUACCUGGGGUAGAAAGGUUGUCAUAUAAGAACUGUUUAAGAUCUCUGAAAUAAUUUUCUCUUGGGGAAAAAAACAAAAACAUAAAGGGGAUCUGAUUGAGGUGUUAAAGAUUAUUAAAGGAAAUUGUUAGUAUCAAUGCAUCAUAUAUUUCUUUUUCAUAUUUAAUGGGGAGAAUGAUAGGAUAAGGGGGAUCAAGUAUGGACUUUGGCAGAGUAGGGCUCAUCUUCAUAUUAGAAAGUUUUACUUUUUUAACAAAGUAGUUUCCUUUAGAAUGGGUUGUUUUCAAAUGUGGUGAAUGUAAUAAAUGAAAAGGAGUUUAAGAGAAGGCCUGGUAAAUAUUUAAAUAAGCAGUGCUGGAUUUGAUUUGUUGUUUUCUAAAUCUGAAUGGGACAGCCUUGAGGUGGACCAACAGACCCCUUGUUGUCUCAGUAAAUGUUGUGUUACGUUAGAUGGAAGUUUUUCUAAGAAAUAUCUUUCAACAAUAAACACUUAUAUGUUACAAAAAUUGUCAAAUUUUGAUAGUAAUCAAGACAAGGAAGGUUAUGACAUUCAAUAAUUAAUGAUUGUUUAACCAUGAAAAUAACAAUGAAUAGCAAAACAUUUGAUUAUUAGUUGCAAAAAGUAUUGAAAUCUCAAUGGAUUUUACUGUUGUAUUACAGUUUCUAUGAAGGUGGUUAAAGUAAACACACUUUCUAGAAGAAUAGAGGUGGUUAAUUGUAACAAUUAAUACACACUUCUAUAGUGCUUAUGCCUGUUAAAUUUCAUUAUUAUGAUGUGUUGUUUGGAAAGGUAAGCACUUUACAGAAAUUUUCAGGUAUACACUCUUAGAGAGCUUAUAGACUUUCACAUUUAAGAAACCCUCUUUUGCAUAGUACUGACUUUAUGUGUACUAGUAACACAUAGUUAAGGUAUGUGUUAUACUUAGGUAUUUUUCGACAAAUGAUAUUGGUUUAUGGUUCUUGUAUCUGCUUCCUCAGGUAACAUCACUGUGUUAAGUUUAGAAAUGCCUAGAGGUUAAACUCUGUACUUUCACUUGUAAUGACCAAUAAUAUAAGUAGCCCCUGCACUCUGAGAGAGAUGACAGUAUUGUGUAUGUGUAUAUAAUGUCAUACUCUGUCAUUCUAGAACAGAGGUCACAAUAACAAGAGAUUUCAAUAGUCUGUUAUCUAGCUAGAAGCAUUGUUCAGUGUUAUGAGCAAUCAUCUCUUUUGGCUUGUUAUAAUCAGUUACUAUCUAAAGGAUAAAUCAGUGAACCUGAGAAUGCCACAAUGAGUUUGCAACUAUGUGUGUCAUUUGUAUGUUUUUCAUUUCUGUCUUUGGGAUCAUUAUUAAAUGCAAUUCUAUUGAGGUGCUUUCAUAAAAGUACUUUUGUUCUAAUACUAUAAAUAGUAAUUUCACUGAUGUUUAACAUCCUGUCCAGGAAUCAAGGUUGAUUCCCAAACAAAGCUUUUUGGUAAUAUUUUCUUUUUCAAUUCUUAAUAGAGAUUUGAACACUUUGCAAUAUAUGGAAUCCGAAGUGCCCACCAGCAUGACCAAAUUCACGCUAGUUUCUGGGCUAUGAAGGAGUAAAACCCAUAUCUCAAUCCAAAACUGAACAAGAAACAUGGUAGUGACUGCACAUGUUGUGCAAUACAAUAUCUUGUUCCUCUGUUCUAUAAAGCUAUUCUCUUCAUGGUUUUCAUCAGUUCUGUCGAUAAAGAUGACCAAGAAAGGCUCAAUGAAGCUUAUUUGCCUCUGUAUGGUACUUGCCUGAACAUGAACACUUCUACUAUUUUAUAUAAGAGGAACAGUCUAUCAACUCUCUAAACCCCACAUCUUUAUGGACAAACAUUAUUUGGAGGUGACUUCUUUUGGCAGUAAAGUGUUGUUGUUUUUUAGAUUAAUAGGUUUAACUCUUUAUUGGAGAACAUUUGUUUUGGUUCUAACUUAAUACUGGAAAUGAUGACAUCCCUCUGUAGCCCACCCAAUCACCUGAACUUAGUCUCAUUGACUUGCAGACUGGGUGUUAAAGCCAUUUAAAAUUCUUCACCAAUUUGAUAUUUUUUUUUAGGCAUAGUGGAAUAGAAUAUAUUACUUGAAACAUAAGUGUCAGAGAGAGCAAAAUCAUGGCUAAUACGUAAUAGGAUUUGAAAAACUUGUUUUUUAACUACAGUAAUGUAGUUUGCAGUUUCUGUUACAAGUCAAUGGGACUAAACUGAAUAAUAUUUUGAAGUAAUUGUGCUUUGGAUAAAUUUUAAGUGUAAUAAUAAAUAUGAAUACACACAAAAUAAUAAAAUGAAACUUGUAAUGUUUAAAAAAUGCAUUAAAAUAAAUGUGAAAAUUG